CGGCUUGUAGAGCUUCGCGCCCCGGGGAAUGGCAUCACGACCUCCGUUUUACACUUGAAGAAGCUGAAGAGGCCUGGAAACCAAGACUAGAGAAUUGGGUAUCAGAUGGAUUUCCCUGACAAUCUCUUUCCCACAUUCUUUUUGCCUGGCCCCCCUGGCCUGAAUGACUCCCCUGGCUCUUUCUUGGCUCCUGCUUGGAGUGAUUAUAUGCAGCUGCUGAAGCCCCCCCAGACCCAGGAUCCUUCGGUCAGUCCCCAACAUGAGGCAUCAUACGUGGCAAAGUGGGGAAGAUGGACUUCUGACACUCCUGGACCUCUCCCAUUUCUGCACCCUGGUGCUGAUCCCUGGGACGCUGAGCUGACGUCUCAAGAUCUGCUCUUCCAGGGGAGAUGGAAGCAUCCAUCCAGGGCCAGAGUGACCGUAGAUGUUAUAGAGCAGCUAAACCAGUUCUUGUGGGAUCACGGGGACAUUGCCUUCGGACCCCUAGGAAGGCUGCUGCAGGAGAAUUUUAACCUGGGGGAACCAAAGAAAUCCUGCAAGGGCAGAAAGGUGGUGAAUGCAGAACGGUUGCUCCAGGACCUCAGUGGACAUCAGCCCAAGGGGUGCCCCUGGGCCCACCUGAGCACCCGCCAGCGACGCUUCUCCCUCCUAGGGGGCGCAGUGCUGGGCCAGGAAGUGGAAGGUCUGCUUGGCGGGCUGCUGCAUGAGGAGCUCGAGUCACGCUGGAAGAAGCUGCUGCUGGACGAAGCUUCUACAGGGGGCGCGCUGGGUUGGGUCCCCGGGGCCGAACCCCAGGUCGGGCAGCUGGUCUACCCCACUGGGCGAGCCCACAACCAGCUGAAUUUCCAGAAGGUCAGACUGUCGCCCGCCAGCGAUCCCCGGGCCCUCGGGGAGCCCAUCCGAGUCCUGCUCCGGGGCCCGGUGCGGCAAGUGGUGACCCGCACCAUCCAGGGGGAAGGUGAGUGUGCCGAGCGGCCCCUUGGGGGCCCCGUCUCCACCCUGUGCCCCGCUCUUAUCGCCAGGAGGCUUCCCGAUUUGGCUCCUGGGGCCCCUCCUCCCCAGACUUCUGGGCUAACCCCUGCGCUCUCCUCAGCUCUGCUAGCUGUUCGCUCUGAUCACCACUGUGCUGUGUGGCAGGUCAGUCGGCAAGGGCGUCCUGAGCCCCUCCAGGUGCUGGACACGGAGAAGGGAGCCACAGGAAUCAGCCUCAGCCCUCAUCUUCCUGCAGAGCUGGCCGUCUGCACGCGCUCAGGAGCUGUCUGUCUGUGGAGCCCCCGGAACGGGCUGCAGCAAAUCCACCAUGACCCCGAGACCCUCGUCUUCAAGGACCCCUCUACGUGGCGCUGGGCGGACUUCACAGCUCACCCCCGGGUGCUGACGGUUGCCGACCGCACUGGCAUCACACUCACGGAUGUUCGGGGGCCUUCAGACGGCGGGGCGCUCCUUUUUCGUGUGGGGGCGGAAGCCUCGUGUCAGCGAGGGGAGCGCGUGCUCCUGGCCCAGGCCUUGGGGACGUCCGCGCCCGGCUCCCUCAGUCCCACCCUCCACCUUGUCUGCACGCAGUUCUCCCUCUACCUGCUGGAUGAGCGUUUACCACUCGUGCCAAUGAUGAAGUGGAACCAUGAGCUCAUGUCUCCUCCGCUGCUGGCUCAGCUGCUGCCCCCACCCCAGCCUGGGGCACCCCUUCCCUUGCUGCUAGGAGGACUCGGGGGCCACCUGCGGAUGCUGCAUCUCUCAGGAGACUCGGCUUGUACGCCUCGGCUCGCAGCCCCACCGCAGUCGCUCCCGUCACCCAUCGACUCCCUCCCCGGCUUUCCGGGGCUCGAGCCGCACGGACAGCAGCUGCUGCGGGAGCGUCUCCAGGCUCCUCUCACAGGCUUGGUUGCCGUCGUACCACCGCGUUGCCUCAGUCCCACCAUGUUGCUGUUCCAACUUUCGGCGGCUGGAGACACUUUUUAUCAGCGCCUUCGGCUCCAGCCGGACGCCGACUCUCUCCCAGAUGCCAGCUCUCCCUGUGACCACGCUGGUGACCCGGGCCUCGAUUCUCACCCCCAGACUUCUGCUCCCCCGUCCUUAGACGCAGCCCCUGACCCCAGGGCUGUUUCCUGGAAGCCCCGGGCUGUGGCGUGUUGCCGUCGUUGGUUGAAGACUUUGUUACAGGCUCCCCCAGCCCUCCCUCCCUGGACACCCCCUACUUUCUCCCAACAUCAUCUCCGAUGGUCGAGGGAGGAAGAAGCAAAAGGAAAGGUCCGAGAGGGCCUGCAGGCUGCCAUGACUGAAGACCGGCUCCUGCAACAAGGGGACCUGGGCCCACUCCCUUCCUCAGAUCCUCCCCCUGGCCAUGAGCCCUUCGGUCCCGAGGACAAGCUGAGUGAACGUUUGGAAGCAUCCUGGGAGGGGAAGGGAGCCCUUUGGUGGGACAGCCAGCAAAGUGGCUCCCAGGCACCUAGAAAGCGGCAGUCACGGGAGAAGAAACGGACCCAGCUUUCCAGCUCUUUCUCCUCUGUCAGAACCAACUCUGACUUUUCUGACCUCAACAGUUCCUUCUACUAUCCCCAUGAAACUCCCAGCCCCAUCCAUAGACCACCCGAAGCUUCUCAGUCUCUGGAGCUGUCUCAGGAGCUCUGGGCCAAGAGUGUACCCCGUGAGAGGCGGCAGACGCUUCGAGAUUACCUUGCGGUCCUCCCUUCUCUUGACUCUGAAAGCUACUCUGCACCCCAGGCCCAGGAUCUGGGCAGCCAGACCAUCCCCCCUUCUGACCCAGGAAGAUGCUCUGUGCCACACUCCCAGAAUCCAGGCAGCCAAUCCCUCUACUCCUUUGACCCAGAGUUCAGUUCUUUAUUCCACUCCCAGAAUUCAAGCGUCCACACCCUUCCCUCCCGACCCACUCCUUCCCUUGCAGGCUCACAGCCCCUGAAGAAGAAACCCCGCAUGGGCUUCUAAGGACAUUCGUGGGUCGAAGGAUCCUCAGACAUCUCUGGCCCUCGUCAUAUUGUAGAUUUGGACUGGAACAUCUCCUUUUUUACAGAUGGGGAAACCGAGGGCCAGAAAGAAUCACACCAAAUGUUCAGUCAACAAUCAUUACUCUAUGCUACCUCCUCUGUUACCUUGCAGAAUUGCCAAAGCUCGCUCUUGUGUCUGGCUGCACCCAGCCUCCACUGCCGGGCAGUCUGAUCCAUCUUGGUUCAGGAAAAGUUUUUGACGCACCUUACCUCAUUUGCUUUAAUACUAAUCUCUCUUUAAGUUCAUGGGAGAUCACUGUAAGGCACCCUCUCUUGAUGCCCCGGCUCUGACACCGUCCCAGUGAUCACUGAAACUGGGGUCACUAUUUAUAGCGUUUAGCCUGGGACGUUUGUUUUUCAGUGAGCAGAGCCAACUGAGGAAAUGUCCCCCGGGGACACAUGGACUGUUGGCUGGGAUGUUGACUGUUGUGAAGCUUUUAAAAAGGGUCACCCUUAACCUUAAGUGAAGUCUCUGUUUCACCAGGGAAAACACAUUUGAAGGAGGGACUUUGAAAUCAAGGCUGAAGGAUUUGAAUGAGGAACCGCCUUAUAGCUGCUGCCUCAGCCUUCUCCAUUGAUGCCAUCUCAGGUUCCAAACUCUGAGUCUUAAAUUACACCCUUUUCUACUGUGGGCCGCCUCUCUUCUUCAACGUGAUCUCCUGAUCCCCUCCCCAUGACCUUCGAGCUAAUGACUGUAUCAUAAAGACUGAAAACUUCCCCACCAUCUGACUUUCAGACGUGGGCACCUACCACAAGCCUGUCUGUCUCCUUAUAUGUCUAAGCCAGUGAUGGGCCACAUGAAAUGGUCUAUCCGGCCACUUGAGACAAAUACAGUGAGUAGGAUACAAUACAAUGAAACUUCCAAAGAGUUGCCUUAGAAACAGACUGACAGAUGAGCAUUUCCUUUCCUUUGGCCCCCUCUUUAAAAAGUUUGCCCAUCACUGGUCUAAGCUGACUAAUCCAUAUUCUUGGACAUCACCAGAGGUUAAUAACAAAGGGGAAAGGUGAGAUGUGCAAGGGACCGACUGUUACUUAAAAAUGCAGAAUGUCAUUAAAAAUACAGAGAGAAGGUCUUAAGUGAGUUAUUGUCCCUUAAAGAAACCAAAAGAAUAUCCUAAUUUUUUAAUUCAAAAUUAUGUUUUGUUGUCAUGGAAUCCAUGUGGAAUGACUUUGCCAUAGGCAAAGAAUUGACUGGAAGCCCAAAAGAUGAAGGGAUACUUCUCUGGGGAAUAAAAAAAGCACAAGCUGAGUUUGGAGGAGGGCAGAGACCUUACGCUGACUUAAGAGUCUUAUACAUAAGAAGUAUCCAAUAAAUAUUUACAUAUUACAUGUUACAAUUAAAUAUUACAAUAAAUAAUUGCCAAUAAAUAGAAAUGAUCUAAUGAUGAAAUUCCCAACUAAUGACAAAAUGCAUAAAAUAUGUGGUAUAUAAAUACAACUACAAAACACUCCACGUGGCUAAAGACAAAUGAGUUGAUUUAUCUUUGGGCCACCCCAACAUUAUAAAAAUGCCAUUUACAUUACACAUUGGAUGCAACUCAAAAAAGUUCAUCUCCAGGAAAGUGCAAUGACCCACAUUGGUCCUGAUAAAGAUUGUGCCCUUCCUUAUCCUGAUAGAGAGGUUGGCACUACAAGCUUUGAAUGUUACCUAUAUCCUGUGGUGCUUGGUUUUUUUUUUUUUUUUUUUUAAAACCCUUGUU